AUGAGAAAUAAUCUUCACACAUUCUGUUUAAUAUUUAUAUCGUCAUUUUUAAUUUCUAGUGCACAAGCGAACCCACUCAGUGAAAAGAGGCCAUUGCUUGGGGAAGAUGAACACGGUUUACCUCCUAAAAACUUGCAAGAUGAAAAUGAAAUAUACGACCCUAACCUACUUCAUACCGAAAAAUCUCCUGUAGAUAGUCCAGAAACUAGCAAUUCAGAAGUUCCGCCGGCUGAAAACCCUGAGCAAUCUAAAGAAUUAACAGAUGAAGCUCAUUCUCCUGACAACGAUCUUUCCACUAAUGGUCUUGUCCCUCAAGCUCCAGGCUCUGACAAUGUCGAUGAUGAUCAUUCUAAUCAGAAAUCUAUCGAUUAUCCAGAAUCCGAACCUCAAGGAAGUAAUUUAGAUCCUCAAGAGUCUAAGACGGAUGAAUCUGAUGAUAAACAAAAUUCUCCUCCGAACGAGGAGCCGACUAAAGUAGAAAAAACUGACGAGUCGGAAGAGGAAGAUACAUCUACUUUGCCGCCGAGCGAAAUCAACGAGGAAGACAUAAAAACAGAAGACAGCGAACUCCUGGAGGACAAUACUGAAACUACUACAGGCGGUGAUGUGGAAGAAUUCGAAGAGCAUGAACCUUUACCAACAGAAGAAUCUAUGAACGGUGAAGAUGAUGACGAGGGCAAAUUGGACGACGAAGAGAGCGAUACCGAGGAGGAGGGAGACCCCCAAGAAGAUCCAGUAGAUGACGAGGAAGAUAUCCAAGAUGAUCCAGAAGAUGAUAUCGACGAGGAUGAGGAAGAGUCUGAAUAUACCGAGAACGAAUAUGAGGAAGACGAAGACGAAGAACAGACUUUUCUGGAAGAUGAUGCUACUUCAGAAAGUGAUCACUACGGAGAAGUAAUCGGUAGUAAUGAGGAAGUCAAAGAGGACUAUGUGGGGCACGAGUUAAGAAACGAGAUCAAUGAUGAUCGCUUUUCGCCACCUGCGCAAAAACUAUUCGGACUUGUUGCCAUCAUUGUCAUGGCAUCGAUGUUGGUAUAUUUCCUGAAAUUCCAACGACCCAGUUUGGAGAAGAAAGGCGAGACGAGGUAUCAACCGCUGAACAAUGUUGACGACUCGCCUGAACACGUACGAAUGAGUUUGCUCAACGGGGCCUCGGGUGACGCUGACGACUUCGACGACGAAGAAGAAGACGAAGUUUGGAACUGGGAUAGACAAGGCAGUCGGUGA